AUGAGGGCGUACAGGAGCACCACUCACAGUUUCCUUUUUGGAGCACUGGCCGAAUUGCUGGACAAUGCAAGAGAUGCAGGGGCUGCAAGACUUGAUGUGUUUUCAGUGGCUAAUGAAAAACUGCAGGGUGGGUUCAUGUUGUGCUUUCUGGAUGAUGGAUGCGGUAUGAGCCCUGAGGAAGCCUCAGAUAUAAUUUACUUUGGAACAUCCAAGAAACGGUUAUCGACCUUAAAGUUCAUUGGGCAAUAUGGCAAUGGUCUUAAAAGUGGAUCCAUGAGAAUUGGAAAAGACUUUAUUCUUUUUACAAAGAAGGAGGAAACGAUGACCUGUGUGUUUUUUUCUCAGACAUUCUGUGAAAGAGAAGGUCUGAGUGAGGUUGUGGUUCCAAUACCUUCGUGGUUAACAAGAACCAGGGAAUCUGUCACAGAUGAUCCUCAGAAAUUCUCCACGGAGUUGUCUAUAAUUUAUAAGUACUCUCCAUUUACCACCGAAGCUGAAUUAAUGCAGCAAUUUGAUGUAAUCUAUGGGAAAUGUGGUACUUUGCUGGUUAUUUAUAACUUGAAGCUUCUGCUUAAUGGAGAACCAGAAUUGGAUAUUAAAACUGACAAGGAAGAUAUACUGAUAGCUGGAGCUUUUGAGGAUUUUCCAGAGAGAUGGUCAUUCAGAGCCUACACAUCUGUUCUGUAUUUUGACCCUUGGAUGAGAAUAUUCAUUCAGGCCAAAAGAGUUAAAACAAAACACCUAUGUCACUGCCUCUACAGACCCAGAAAGUAUCUGUAUGUCACAUCUGCUUUUAAAGGAGCAUUUAAAAAAGAAGUGAAAAAGGCUGAAGAAGCAGUAAAGAUUUCUGAACUCAUGUUGAAAGAAGCACAAAUUGAAGUAAACCAGCCUGGCAGAACUUCCUUGUCUUCUGCCAAGGAUGUAUUACAGAAAGCUUUGCAAGAUGUGGAAGAAAAGCGUAAGAUUCUUAAAGAGAAACAGAGAGAAUUAAAACAAGCAAGGACACUCUCCCUGUUCUUUGGAGUGAACAUAGAAAACCGAAGCCAAGCUGGGAUGUUCAUUUACAGUAAUAACCGCUUGAUCAAAAUGCAUGAGAAAGUGGGCCCACAGUUGAAACUGAAGUCCUUACUUGGUGCAGGUGUCGUUGGAAUUGUUAAUAUACCCUUGGAGAUCAUGGAACCGUCUCAUAAUAAGCAGGAAUUUCUCAAUGUCCAAGAGUAUAAUCAUCUGCUAAAAGUCAUGGGACAGUACCUGGUCCAGUACUGUAAGGACACCGGGAUGAGCAAUAGAAAUCUAACAUUGUUUUGGAAUGAAUUUGGACACCAAAACAGCGAGGACUUGGGGAAGUCUUUAGAAUCUAUUCAGUAUCAAAGACGACAAGCCGUGGCCGUUCCAUUUAUGAUUCAGUGUGAUAUUUGCCUUAAAUGGAGAGUCUUGCCUUCCUCUGCUAAUUAUCAGGAAAAAGAAUUUUUUGACAUCUGGAUGUGUGCUAAUAAUCCUAACGUCUUGGAAAACAGUUGUCAUCAGACAGAACGCUUACCUUCCAUCCCCCUGGGCACCAUGAGCAGAGGAUCACCAUCAAAAAAUGAGAAAGAUAAGCAACUUCAAUGGUCAAUCCAAAGGUAUCAGAAUCGACUAGCAGAACAGCAGCCACAGCCACAAUUUAUACCAGCAAGUAGGAUCCCUGAGUUCACUACCACCUGCCAAACUUCAGCAUCAAACGAAAAUACAAAAACUCAGAAAAUCAGGCCUUCGGGUAAUGACUUGAAGUGUGAGUCUCUUGCAUCCUUAGAGAUUUCGGUCAGCCACAGAGGCUGUAAAAGAAACACAGAAGGGACAGACUCUGAUAUAGAGUACAUUUCAGAGACUAGAAUUCUGAAGAAGUCUACACAAAGGAAAGUGAAACAACAGCAGAGACAUUCAGCAGCCCUGCCAGAAAAUGUCAACCUCGCUGAGGGAUACCAGGAAAGUCAGAUUGCUAAUAUCAGCACAUCACCACAAGUGUAAAGAGCUCAACCAACUGAAGGGCCCCCAAAGAACACACAGGCCUCUUCCUGGGAAAUGAAAAGAAAGCAGAAUCAGAACCUUGUGCAGGAAUGUAAGGCUUUGAUUGAAGUGGAAACCAGCAACAGUGAUCCAGAUCUAAUCCUGGUUUCAAAUCAAAGUAGUGCUGAUGUAUCUUUGAAACAAGAAGAAAAGGAAGUUUCUCUUAUGAAAAAAGAAAAACAGGAGCUGUGCAGUGAUACUGCAGAAAUAAAGAGAGAUUCUUCAUUACUUAACUGGGAAAGUGUGCCGAUGGAAGAUUUAAAUCCAAGUUCUGGACACAAAUGCAGAGUUUCUGUGAGUGGUGGUUGUGAAGUUCCUCCUUUGCUGACAAAGUCUUCUCAAAGCACGUCAGUCAAGGAAACAGUAAGAAAACUGAUGUCUAAUUUCUGGGAGAUUCUUCUGCAUUUCUUUCCUGAGUAUCAACUACCUUCAGAGUUUGGCUAUACAUCUGUGGAGGAACUUGUAGCAAGUUCUGAGCUGGAGCAAUGCCCGGAGCAGACAAACAGAAAGCUGAAAAUGUGUUUCAGCCAGAUCCAGAAGAUUUACAUGGUCCAAUAUGAAAAAAACCUAAAGAGAAAAAUGCAGUCUAUUAUCAAUGAUGCUAAUAGACAAGGGGUGAUUAAUGAAAUAUCUCUCGUGCAAUGUGAGGAAAAAAGGAAACUUACUGAAGAUAAGCUGAAUAAUCUUCGUGUAAAGCUGGCAGCAUUGUUACAGACACUUCAGCUGGGCAGUCCAGCAGGAGACUUGGAGCAGAUUGACACUUAUUUAGAAGCUUUGCUUAAAGAAGAUAAUCUCCUUUUUCGGAACACUUUAAAUAAAGGAACUGCAGAUACAGGACAUAGUCUCCCUUUAGAAAAAAAUGAAAGUACUUCUCAAAACUAAAAGUCAGGAAAGGCAGUCCCAUUUUAAAAAUGCUAAUAAGAAAAAGGAAGAUCCUUUUCAAAGAGUAUUUCCCUUUGUACUUGUUAUUGUGAAGUUCAUCCUGUUUAACACUAAAGAAAUCGUAUGCUCUUUAGAAAUGGAGAGUGAUUGAUAAUUUCCAUAUUUCCCAGUCCUGUUCUCUAACUCUUCCUGUUCUUUCAGAAAUUGUUUCUAGAGUUCUCUAAACCCCAUGUGAGCUACUAAGAUGGAAAUGUCAUUUUAGCUUAAAUUUUGUUUUCACUUAAAAGACUAAAAACUGGAAAACAGUGGUUUGCAAAAUCAAUACAUGAAAGCCUACAGAAUCACCUCCCCUAGAAACUUGUGUUGGAAAAGACAGACGUUAUGCCCUUUUCUCCAGUACGGCCAAUACUUGGUAAAGCAGAAAAUAGAAAUCCUCAAAAAACUUUGAGUUACAGUUUAUAUAAUUUUAUUGUUGAGUUAUAGUAAAAUAACAGAUCUCCUAAGUAU